AUGCCGGAUAACGGAGGGAAAAGAUAUUACCAUGAAGCGGUGGCAAGCAUGGUGAGCAUUGCUUCCGCUAAUACUGGUCGUGGUUCACUUUUAGUUGCGAAUAGUAGAUUCCAACUGUUUUCCAAAAUAAGAGAUGGAAAUGUAAAAGUAACAGAUGUGGUUGAUCUUUGGAGAUACCUGAUUGAAGCUUAUAAUAAAACUCGAGUCUUAUUCCAACCAAGUCCUGGCGUCUUGGGCUUUCUUGAAGAUUAG